GCAGUUCAGUAGUGCCUGGUGCGGAAGGGAACGGGCUCAGAGUGUGUGUGUGUGUGUGUGUGUGUAGGAGUGUAUCUUUGGAUUUUUAGGGUGUUGGGAAGGGAGGUCCGAGCCGGGCCUUGUGACGGCACAUCUUUAUCACCACUGACAGGAAGGAAGGGUUUUCACCAGAGCCAGAGGGAAACCACACACACACACACACGCACACGCACACACGCACGCACGCAUGCACGCAAACACACACACACACACACACACACACACACACACACACACACACACACACACACACACACACUCCUCCCACAGUGGCUGUUCCUCUAAAAGGCUGCCAGCUCUUUGAUGAUCACUGAGCGUCUUCUGAAGUUCGUAGGAAUGAACUUUGACUUCACACACUCUGGCCCUUAACCCUGAGGAAGAGGAGAGAUGAAGAAGCACUUCACUACUAUCCCACUCAUCCACGUCACAGAGGCGGAGCGUGGCAGCGAUGGUAACAACAUCCUCAGCCUCCCGGUACCGAUGCGGCGGGGGGGCUCUGAGUCCAACCUGGUGUCUGACGGGGGCGAGGGGGGCGUGGGCCUGGACUUCACUAAGGGCCGCCUGGCCAUCGACAGCCUGCAGCAGAAGAUACUCAAGGUGACAGAGCAGAUCAAGGUGGAACAGACAGCCAGGGACCAGAAUGUGGCAGAGUACCUCAAACUGGUCAACAACGCUGACAAGCAGCAGGUGGCACGCAUACGCCAGGUGUUUGAGAAGAAGAACCAGAAGUCUGCCCACAGCAUCGCCCAGCUGCAGAGGAAGCUGGAGCAGUACCACCGUCGGAUGAAGGAGGAGGCCAACGGGGCCAAGCACCUGCCCAGGGAUGCCCGGGGGGAGGGGGGAAAGGAGGGCCAAAAGGACGGCAGCCUGCGGGACGUCAGCUCGGCCAGCGCGCGCAACCCGGCAAUGGACAAGGUCAAGACCAUCGGCCCCGGGGUCUCCCUCUCGCCCCCCUUCUUCUUCAACAAGUCGCGGGAGUUCGCCAACCUCAUCCGCAACAAGUUCGGCAGCGCAGACAACAUUGCCCACAUGAAGAGCUCCAUGGAGACGGGGGCGGGGCUCCAGGCAGAAGGCGGGGCCCGGGCGCUGAGUGGCAGCGCCACCACGAUUGCCAAGGCCAAGUACCCCAGCGACGACGAAUGUUCCACGGGGACCUCUGUGUCGGCGGACUCCAACGGGAACCCGGCGGGGGGGUCGGGGUUGGGGUCAGGGGGUGGGCCGGGGAGGUCAGACUCUCAAGCGAGGCUGGGGGAGGUGCUGGAGGAGGUCAGGGAGAUUAGGGAGGCCCAGGCACAGCUGACCGAAGACAUGGAGUCACUGAAAAGCCAGUUCAAGAGUGACUACAGCUUCAUCACACAGACGCUGCAGGAGGAGAGAUACAGGUUUGAGCGGUUAGAGGACCAGUUAAAUGACCUGACAGAGUUGCACCAGCAUGAGACCAGUAACCUGAAGCAGGAGCUGGCCAGCAUCGAGGAGAAGGUGGCUUACCAGGCCUACGAGAGAGCUAGGGACAUCCAGGAGGCUCUGGAGUCGUGUCAGACGCGUGUCUCUAAGCUGGAGCUCCAGCAGCAGCAGCAGCAGACGGUACAGGUGGAGAACACAGACGCCAAGGUGCUGCUGGGGAAAUGCAUCAACAUCAUGCUGGCCAUCGUCACGGUGAUCCUGGUGUGCGUUUCCACGGCGGCCAAGUUCACCGCGCCCCUCCUGCGGAGCCGCAUGCACCUGGCUUUCACCUGCAUGGGUUUAUCCCUACUGGUGGUCAUCUGGAAGAACUGGGAGCACCUGCAGUGUGCCCUGGAACGCAUGCUCCUCCCACACUGAGCUAGACUCCUCCCAUGUUAAGCAAGUCUCCACCCAGUCUGAGUUUGUCCCCCUCACACUGUGGGUUUGGCACCACCCACACCGAGCUUGCGACUUUGGAACUCUGUGACGUUGUCAUAGUGAUAGAUUAAAUGGGGCGGCGUUUACAAUGUAGCCUUACACCCCACCACCCUUGUGUCUCUCCCCCUCUCUGUCUUUUGGAGUUUGGGCAGAACUCCUUGAGGGAAAUUGUUUCCAAACAGUGCCAGUGUGCCACUACAGUACAAAUUACAGGAAAGCAAGACUGACCAAUCAGAUGGUGGCUACAGAGGAAGCAGGACCAGUCACAUACAGUAUUAUUGCGGACACUGGUCUUUGUGUGGUUGUCAAUCUCAAUAGGACAUUGAACUGCACUAUACAGGUGGUAAGCUUUACAUAUAACCUUUAUAGGGGAAACAAGGGGUCACUCGAUUGGUUCCCUGUCUUUUGCGGAGUCGUACUUACAUCACCUUAAUUACACUAACACACUGACAGUAUUAAAGACCUCUGGCUCUGAUCCACACACAGUCUCACUCCCACCCCCCCAAGCCACUAUGAUACACAUUCACCCACACUCACACUGACAGUAUUAAAGACCUCUGGCUCUGAUCCACACACAGUCUCACUCCCACCCCCCCAAGCCACUAUGAUACACAUUCACCCACACUCACACUGACAGUAUUAAAGACCUCUGGCUCUGAUCCACACACAGUCUCACUCCCACCCCCAAGCCACUAUGAUACACAUUCACCCACACUCACACUGACAGUAUUAAAGACCUCUGGCUCUGAUCCACACACAGUCUCACUCCCACCCCCAAGCCACUAUGAUACACAUUCACCCACACUCACACUGACAGUAUUAAAGACCUCUGGCUCUGAUCCACACACAGUCUCACUCCCACCCCCAAGCCACUAUGAUACACAUUCACCCACACUCACACUGACAGUAUUAAAGACCUCUGGCUCUGAUCCACACACAGUCUCACUCCCACCCCCCCAAGCCACUAUGAUACACAUUCACCCACACUCACACUGACAGUAUUAAAGACCUCUGGCUCUGAUCCACACAUAGUCUCACUCCCACCCCCCCAAGCCACUAUGAUACACAUUCACCCACACUCACACUGACAGGAAUGAGACUUGUGUGUCAGUGUAUGUACAGGGGGUGGGGGUGUUCUCCAUGUGAGAGCGCUUUGUCUGUGUGUACCUGUACUGUCAAGUGAUGACAUGUUUUAUAAUUGGAAGGAAAAAAAAGACAAAGGACAAUGUUUCUUUUUUAAAGUGUAAUAUUUGUCUGAGUGUCCGUGAAGGGUGGUUAAUUUUUUACAAAGGAAUGGUAAUGAACUGCAGGACUGCCUCUUGUUUCUGUGUACUGGUAUGCGGGUUUGUGGAUAAAUGGUGUCUUAUGUACUCUAUAUAGUCUAUUAACAGAUGCAGUGGAACUGCCACGGGUCUAGUCUAUAAGGGGUGAAUUCACCCCAAGAGUUAUGUGUUCUCUCUCCCAAAGGAAAUGCAUAGACUGACCCUUUAGCCGCUAACAUGCUAACUGUGAUAUCCUCUGCCAGUCUUUGAUGGAUCUGGGGGAGGUAACCUCUGACCUGACACACAAACCUAAUUUCUGAUUCCUCCUUUAAUAUUGAUGAUAAUGUCAUUGUUGUGAAAUAGGAAUUAAGCUCUGUUCAGAAUGGGCUGAACAAAGGAUUUGACUUCUACCAAAUGGUUCAGACAGAUUUGAACACAUUUUAUUUGUUUUCUCUGAAAUGUUUCAUAUUUUUUUGCCUUUUUACAAUGAGAACAGAACAAAAUGAACAUUCUAAAUGCCUUUGAUGCUAUCGUCUGAUUGGACAGAGAUGGGAGGGUGGGAGGGAAGUGAGUGAUGCAGCUCUGGCCCCACCCACUCUGUAAGCUACUUAUCACUGUGAUGAUGAUGAUGAUGAUAGUGGCCAGGCCUAAUUGCCUUUUCAAUGCAGCUUCUGUGUUAAACCUGAUAUUUUCUGUGCUUUGGUCUCUGCCUCUUUAAAAAGCCAAAUGUGGGUUGGUUCUAUGUGGCUGGUUGGCACCUUGAGUAAUAUAGUAUGUCAUGUCCUGAACCAUUGAUAUUUACACAGAGUUCCGGCUCUAUCCCAAAUCUAUCUAUUCCCUGUCUCUGUGUCUGGAGAGAGAGCCAUAUCCGAGAUUCACAGCCCAGGGACAAUAAUUCCGGUGUCUAGAUUCCGGUAUGUUAUCCCCUCGGAGUAGCAUUGCACAUGGUUGGUUUUAAUCCAGUUGUGGUUUUCCAAAACACAGUUUUUAAAACGAGAACAAAAAUAAAUCUUCCUUUUCUAGAAA